UCAAGGUGAUGGUGGGGACGGGAGCUGCCGCACGUUGCCUGGCCGCGCGCGCGGGGCGGGUAGGGGGAGGUGCCGGGAACGGCGCGCGCGGGAGCAGCCGUUGGUCAGCCGCCGCCCGGCGCGUCUCCAUGGCUCGGGGCCCGUGAGGGGAGGAACGGUGGCUCGGCCACAAGCUUUGGGGGUCUCUGAAUCCAUAGGAGGAAGCGGCUGGCUGAGUGAAACACAACCCUCUUGGCAAAGUUGCAUAGCGUUACGGUUCUCAUUAGUAAUCAGCUUCUGAUAACUGACCGUGCAGAGACAUCGGUAUGGUCAAGACGUAUAUUUGAAAGGUAGUGAACUAGUGGAAGAGUUGCAACUUUCUGAAGAUAUAAACCUUACCAUCGUACUUUUCUUGUGGUAUAUCUGGAAAGUAAUAAAGGAAACCUCAGCCAUACUUAAUCAAAAUGCAACGGAGUCUAUUACAUACUGCAUCUCAGCUGGUGCAUGGGACAUGUUUGGGUUUUCCUCGCACUGGUAUCUUUCAGCACGUAAAAGGACAAUCAGUGUUGUCUAAUGUUGGAUGCAAAGUGAUUUUGACACUGGACCCUCCUAAACGAUGUCUUCAUGCAGGUGCAGCACACUUUGCCUCAAAGAAGAGUGCUUUUUCAUCACAACCAGCAAACGCUCCUCACAAAGUACCAGAAGAAAGAAUUCCUUUGACUUCAGCCACUGAAACACCCAAGCAGAUCCCUGUAGAGUCAGAUUCUUCAGAUCCUGACCCGUUACAAGACAAAUCAAUUAGUCUUGUUCAGAGAUUCAAGAAAACUUUUAAACAGUAUGGAAAAGUCAUGAUUCCAGUGCAUCUUCUGACUUCCACUGUCUGGUUUGGAUCCUUUUACUAUGCAGCCAUGAAAGGAGUGAAUGUUGUUCCAUUCCUGGAGUUGAUUGGCCUACCGGACAGCAUAGUAAACAUCCUGAAGAAUUCCCAGAGUGGAAAUGCACUAACUGCAUAUGCAUUGUAUAAAAUUGCAACUCCUGCCAGAUACACUGUGACUUUGGGAGGAACAUCCAUCACUGUUAAAUAUCUACGUAAGAAUGGCUACAUGUCCACACCACCACCGGUAAAGGAAUAUCUGCAAGAUAGAAUGGAGGAAACAAAGGAUAAAAUUACAGAGAAGAUGGAGGAAACAAAGGAUAAAAUUACAGAGAAGAUGGAGGAAACAAAGGAUAAAAUUACAGAGAAGAUACAAGAAACCAAAGAUAAAGUUUCAUUUAAAAAGAUAAAGGACUAGGAGAGAUGCUUAAUUUUGGGAUAUAUCAAACUUAGCACUUUAACCCUUUCUGAGGCAGGAUAUACGAAGUGCACUUCUGAGCUUUUUUUGUUUGUUCUUUUAUUUUCCUCCUUGUCUGGAGACUACAAUUGCUCUGUGGAUUUAAAAAUUCUAUGUAUUCACCGAGAUUAAAGUUCCCCGGGGAGGGAGGGAUUGUGACAAAAUUUCAAUUUACAGAAGGAAAGGUGAAUCUCAGAAGUUCGUGUGUCCAUUGGUACUAGUGUUGACAAUUACUCUUCCCUCUUCUCCCCCCAAAUGAAGAUUGUUUCUUCCAAAAGCCACUACUUUAUUCUUCUUCCAUCAUACUGCACAGCCAUUAUGCCAUUAGACUGAAUCUUCCAUUAAAUGAGAAGGAAGAUUCCUCUGCUGGGAAAGGCAACGUGUUUUGGUUUUCAGAGUAUGUGGACCCAGGCCUCUUCAAUCGUGCUCAUCUCUCAACUUGGAGACCGACCAUUAUCACGGAUACUGUACAUGAAGGAAUCAAUGGACUAGCUACUCGAUCUGAAUGGAUUAUAAUGGCUACACUGACUGCAGGUGAGCUGUGAUAGUUUACAGGUUGAGACUAUGAAUCUUUCUUGGACGGUGUAUCUUUUCAUAAAUCUCAAUUGAAAGCUUUAGGAAGAUGAGUUAAUCAUAGUAGCCACACAAAUAUAGUUUGUUUCCUAAAGCUGAUUUACAGUAGAAAGUUAUUAGAUGAAAUUAAUCAAUAAUUGUAUAUUAAAAACUAGGGGGGGAGUGUUGUUAUGUUAAAGUUUACAAAACUGCUCUAUUCCAUUUUUGGAACAAAAAUAUUCUGAAAGAGAUGUUUACUUGAGGGGCUUUUUCAAUACAUGCAAAGUUACAGUUAAGCCCAACAAUUCCUCCUCCUAUCCAGGAAUCCUUCAGACUUCAGUAGAACAAUUUAACUAAAAUAAGCAUAAUUUCUGAGACAGUGAUCACAGUCUACCAAACUUUUUUCCCAUAGAUUUUCUUAGGUCAAGCAAAUACUUAUUCUUGGCUGAAGGCUGAAAUGCUGUCUCAGAGAUGUCAUAAAAGGACUGAAGUUGAAACUAUUCUAUUUGACUGGACAGGCAAACUUCUCUCAUGGUUUUAGUCAAGUGUAGGCUAAAUUUAAGGGUUUUUUUCCCCUAUUUCUAUUACAGAUCUCACUUUGUAGCAACUCUCUGCAUGUGUAUCUUGUUGAACAAAGGUGUGUUUUUUGCAGGGGAGUAUGGGGAAGCAACAGAGUUGGACUCUGAGCAUUAUUAGUUGACUAGAAUAAAAGAAUAUAGCUGAUAUUCAAUCAGCUCCACCCCGCUUAUGUUUUUGGUCGUCACCAAGGGCCUCUCCAUGUUUAUGAGUUGAAAUUCAUUAACUUAAUUGUGCAGGAUUGAUUACAUACUUCUCUGCCUCUGUCCACAUGUCAGUUAGUAUCUGCAAUCUAAUGCCUACCUCACAGGGAUGUUGUGAGGAAUAAUCAUUGUAUAUUCAGUGCCAUGAAGAUGUAAAGUGCCAGGUUUCUGAGAAAUAUUAUUAAAAAAAUAAAUCUCUGAACUCUA